GGUGUGUGCUGGCAGCCAACCCGAGUCCACCCUGCUCUUUGUGGGUUGCCAGAAAACUGAUGAGCAAACGCUUCCGUUUCCAGGCUGUUCCCUCCCCUCUCCCGACACCUGCGACCCGAGCGGCGCUGGGAGCAAACUGGAGCCACUGGGGCAGCACUGAGCUGGAAGGCUGGAAAAAACCUGACCCACUGAAAAGUAAAACAAGUGAAAGAGGACUGGAGCGCGGCAAGGAACCAUCCUACGUGUGGGGAACGACCAGAGCACAGAGCAGCGGGUUUUUCCACACCUCCCGGGGGAGAUGAGCAUUUCGUCGGAGCACAAGCCCCUCGGGAAGCAGGUCACCGGUGUGCUGCACACGUUGUCACCGAUCGUGGAGUUAAAUGUCGGUGGGGAGAUGUACACGACGACGCUGAGCACCUUAAAGAAACACCCUGGCUCCAAGCUGGCUGAGAUGUUCACCGGCCAACCCAAACUCCGGACUGACUCCGAAGGGAGGUUCUUCAUCGACAGACCGGGCGUCUACUUCAAAUACAUCCUGGAGUACCUGCGGAGUAACCAAGUGCCCACCCAGUGCAUCCAGGACGUCUACAAGGAGGCAUUGUUCUACGACAUCGAACCUCUAAUUAAACAGCUAGAGGACUCCCCACAGAUCUUCGGGGAGCUGGUGGCGAGGAAGCAGUUCCUGGCCCGUGUCCCCAACUACAGCGAGAACAUCGAACUGAUGAUCCGCAUCGCCAGGGCAGAAGCGGUCGCAUCCCGCCGGUCCAGUGUCAUCGUGUGCGUGGUCAGAACUGAGGAGGACGCGGCCAGGUGUCAGGAUGCCCUGAACAGCUUGGAUAUGGAUAAAAAAUCCGUGGUGAAGUUUGGCCCCUGGAAGGCAGCGCCAAGUAUUUCUGACCUGCUGGACUGCAUUCAAAUGGAUGUCGGGGCCAAAGGGUACAAAAUAUCCUUUCAGCCCCACGUCGCUGAAAAAGGUUUCCGUGUCAAAUCACACGACUUCUUCUACAAGUUCCUGUUCACCUGGUGGUAGCAAAGUGCUGCCUUAGAUGGGGAAUGGAAGAAAGCAAUUAUUUAAAACAAAUUAACUUGGGCUGCAGAAACUAAGCUAUGGAUGACCAGAAGAAGAAAUGAAUGGCCCAACAAAAGGACCUCCUUUGGUCAUUUGCUAAAUUAACAAGCACUUAAGAGCCACCAUUUUGUUGGGCUUCAUGGGAUAACUAUACGAUUUAAAAGGUAUCAGGAAAAGGAGGAAUUUUACUCUCUCAGUGUUUCUAUUAGGUAAGUUCAGAGACCCAUAUCUGAAGGCCCAGGAAGUCUUGCUCAACCUAAGAGAACUUUAUAAUCCCGCAUAUGUCUCAGGGACACGUGGAGUUGGUCUCUCAGUGCAAAUGGGAACAGGUCACAUACGCACAAUUCCCGACGGAAUUGCUGACAGCUGCAUUAGCACAUGCUCAACUUUAAUUUGGAUCCUCAAUGCAAAAACAAAAGCUCUUCUCACUGCUUCCCACACCAGAACCGAGGUUAAAAAGAACUAUUUCUGUGUCCCAUGCUCUUUUCUUGUUACUCCAGUAGACAGCCUACUCUCUGGCCAAUGUAUUUAUUAGAAUUAUUUAUUAUUUAUUCUGAAGGAAAAACAUUGAACCUCAGCUAUGGUCCAGGGCCAACAAAAGGCAAAAAUGCCAUUGCUGGUCUGAGGAGUUUAUAACCUAAGGACACUCGCUCCUCUCACACGCCACACUAUUUCCAUCUUUUCCUUGUGACACCCAUUAUUAUUAUGAUAUUAUUUCUAAAUAUAUAACUUCUGGAAAAAUGGGGAAAACUCACUGUGAUUUGAUGGGAAGGAAGCGCUGCCGAAGCAAUGGCCUGGGACCUCAGUGCAAAUUCUCCUCCACAGAACAUGAGUUGGUUCCUACAUCAUGUUUUCAAAAUCUUAGUAUUCAAAAGUUUAUUUUUAUACUGGAGAUGGCUGUUAGCUUGGUUUUAAUCACUCUGAAAAUCAUAAUGGCUAAUUUGAUUAUGAUCAUAUUUCCUUUAUUUCUCAGAACAUGGAUUUCUUACAGUUAACGACAAUAAUCUCUGGAAUGUUAAAUAAAUAACUUUUUAAACCUC